AUGGCUUCAACCUCUGAAACUUUCCACGACGGUUCUAACGGCGGAGAUCCAAACAAGAAACUCGAAGAACUCCACAAGAACCCGCAAGAAGAAGAAGAAAAUCAAAUCGAGAAACCUCAAGAAGAAGAACAAGUAGAGAAUCUUGCCCCCGUUGUUACUCGACACAUCCCAGAAGAUAUCGCCGAAAGCAUCCUCUCUCUUCUCGAGAGCCUUUCGUCGCGUCAUCUCUUCGCCGAGACUCUACCAAAGGCGCUUGGAACUCGGCCUCACCGAACCAAAAUCACAAGUGUCGCUCGCUCCUGGGAAUGCAGAUCCGCAGCCGCUGGAGUUAUCGACAGAAAGAUUUACGUGAUCGGAGGUUGCGAGCAGAUAGAUGAUAAUUGGAUCGAGGUGUUCGAUGUAGAUACUCGGAUUUGGAGUAGUGUUGCUGGUCCAUACGAUCACAAUUCGUUGAAGAGAUAUUGGCACCAGUCGUCUUGUGUGGUUGGGGAUUUGUUGUUUAGUACUGAUCCUUGGUCUGUUUCUAAGAACUAA